CUUUCACCGAAAAUCGAAUCGAUGCAUAAAGACUAUAAAUUUGUUUUGCUGGAGGAAGGAACGUCGCAGAACCCAAUUCAAGUCGGCAUACCUCGUAGUAUACUUCUCGCCCUUCUUGUCACGAGGCUUGUCGUCGAUUUCAAGAAUUACGAGGACGAGCAAUGCUCUAAUAAGUUGCCGCUUAGCUUGCUCCUUUCUCGCUGACUGGAUCCGCUCCCUCUCUCCGACGACAGCUCCAACACUGUCGACGACUCUGCUCAAAAGUAGGUUAUAAGUUGCAGAGAACAUUAUUCGUCCUGCCGCGCUUCAGUUAACGCAUCAAAUGUAUCACCAGAGCACGUCCUUGGUUGAGGAACAACUUGAUCCUUUUUCACUCGUUGCUGAUGAGUUAUCGCUUCUUGCCAAAAAGUUGCGGGAAAUGGUAGUUGCUGAGGUUCCCAAGCUCGCAUCAGCUGCUGAAUACUUCUUUAAAAUUGGAGUGGAAGGGAAGAGGUUCCGCCCAACGGUGUUGUUGCUGAUGGCAACAGCUCUAAAUGUGCACCUACCUGAACCUAUACCUAAUGGUGGUGCUCCCAUGGCUGCAGAGCUACGUGCAAGACAGCAACUUUUAGCACAGAUCACAGAGAUGAUUCAUGUAGCAAGUCUUCUCCAUGACGAUGUUUUGGAUGAUGCAGACACGAGACGUGGUAUCGAUUCGUUAAACUUUGUUAUGGGCAACAAGGUAUCAGUCCUAGCUGGAGAUUUCCUACUUUCAAGGGCUUGUGUAGCACUAGCUUCUUUGGGGAACCCUGAGGUCGUUUCACUAGUGGCGAAAGCUUUGGAGCAUCUUGUAACUGGUGAGACCAUGCAGAUGACUACUACCACUGAGCAACGUUGUAGCAUGGAAUAUUAUAUGCAAAAGACUUACUACAAGACUGCGUCUCUGAUUUCCAGUAGCUGCAAGGCAGUUGCUCUUCUUGCUGGGCAAACUGGUGAAGUGGCAACACUGGCUUUUGAGUAUGGAAGAAAUCUGGGUAUGGCGUUUCAGUUGAUAGACGAUGUUCUUGAUUUCACUGGCACGUCUGCUUCACUUGGAAAAGGAUCACUGUCAGACAUACGCCAUGGAAUAGUAACUGCUCCGAUACUAUUUGCCAUGGAGGAGUUUCCCCAGCUGCGUGCAAUUAUUGAUCAAGGAUUCAAGGAUCCCAAGAAUGUGAACCUUGCACUUGAAUACCUUGGAAAGAGCCAUGGAAUACAAAGGACAAGAGAGCUUGCAGCACAACAUGCUAGCCUUGCUGCAGAAGCUAUUGAUUCUUUACCAGAAACUAUUGAUGAGGAUGUGCAGAGGUCGAAGCGAGCUUUGAUAGACAUCACACAACGAGUAAUCACCAGGAACAAGUAACAAGAAAGGCCCACACCUGAGUCCUUGCUUGGCAUAAUGAACUGCACAAUAUUUUUGCAGUAAUUUUGUUCCAGUGUUCCUAUAAUUCGAGAGAAAAUUAGUUCCCCCUCUCAUUAAUCUAAUUGCUUUAAGGGUGGGGCGGACCAAUGCUGUCUAGAUCAGUAUAAAUUCUGCUCCAAAUCAAUCCCAGAUUAGCUGCAGUGAAGUUGAUUGUUUUCUAGUUUUUGUGCUGUUAUAAUCAAGUUGCCUAUCGGCCUG